GCAUGUAAACCUUUUUGCUUCUAGGAAAGUACGUUGGCGUAUGGGGAAGGUUGUACACGUUUUCAUGGCGAUGCCCGCGGGAAUCUCUACGCCGCUACAUAUGGACUCACAGGAGCGUCCCUAGGGUGAACGAGGACCUGACCAUACUACUCGCAGUAGUCCAUCUCUAACAAAGCGGCCCGAUACACCUAGGGAGUCUGAAUGUCGGCAGCGGAAACGUCGGAAGAGAGUCGCCAAACAAGUAACGGUAGACGCCGGCCGCAAACACGAAGGCGACGAUCCACCGCCAUCUUCACCUAGCUUCUCAUCCGCAGUCGAACACGACGCACUCACCACGUAGGUGGCAGAGCAGACAGCGGAAGAAUACGAGCUCGAGGCGCUCGAGGCUCAAGCCGAUGUCAAUCGGGAGGUUCUAGAAGAGGAGGAUUGAGCAUACUGGCAGCAAGAGAUGAAUGUGGAGGAAGCACAAGGGCGAGAGCGCCAGAGACGCGAAUAUUUUUGAACUCACGCGUUGAUGAAUAGACGGCAUCCUCCACCGGCCUUCGUGUGAUUAUCCCCCGCCUUUCAUGGCCACAUUGAAAGGCAACCACUGUCCAUGUCUGGCCAACGAACUCGACGUCUCCGACCUUCUUCCCGGCUCUGUCCCCUCCACUCUGACGCCUGACCCUUCCGACCCUACAGAUUCUUGUAGCAGCUCCUCAACCGGUGCAACCUGCUACGCCCGCUGAACGAACCGAUAAGAUCUCAUCGCCACGCCCCAUUGGCAAAUGAUUUGACGAAAUACAACUACCUUGGUGCGAACCAAGCACUGUCUCGCCCGUUGCCACCAGGUUCAUUCCGAUCCGGAGUUUCAUUCGUUCUGACUUUCUCAAUCAAUGACCACCGGUGACACUAGACCGAAUUCGUCGAGACAUUGUGACGCUCUUGGCAAACUGCGGCAAACCUCUCAACCUCGCGAGCCCCGUGUAACCAACGUUCCUAUAUACCUCAAGAAAUCGAUACCAUGUCGACAGCCCCGGCGCCCACCUCUAUCUACCAGGACUGGUAUCAAACCUCAGGCUUUCACCAGGAUACGGCGGUCCAUAACGCUAUCAACGAGGGACGGCAGCGCUUCCCCUACACCGACCCAAAAACACCCAGUAUCAAUACGCGGAUAUCUGGCUGGGUGGUUUCGGCCUUCACAAUACCCAAUGAGAUGAUCGAGAGGCGGCCUACCGAUAGUCGACGGAGACUGAACCAGUCCACCACAUCCGUGCGAACCUAACCCCAAUUUGAAACCUAGGCGCGUCCCUGAGAUAUCGAGAAGCGGAAACAAGCUAUCUCCGUAUGGAGCUCUUGGUGUUCUUCGUCUUUCACUAACAUGGAUAUGGGGCCGAUCGCGCACUGGAGGCUAUGGGAUUACAUAUGCCGUCACGGUUGAAGGACAUUGUUGAUAGGAUCCACAUCUACGCAGAGACAGGUCAACCUUUCGGGAAGGCAUUCGCGGGGACGGUAACGGAAUUCUUUACACUCGUGAUUGUGGACGCCAGCGCGACGCCCAGGACGAACCCUCUUCUCUGGUGGCUGGCCGUAUUCAUUCAAACGGAGGUUCUGGACGAUCGACCCCGAUGGACAUUGGACGGAGUUCAAGACAAUUUUGGUCUUUCCUAGUAAACCGGAGGCUAUCGACAAUUAUGCUCGAGUGUUGACCUUGGAUGACGCCUAUCGUCAUUGGAUGAAUGACCAGCCGCCUCAAGGAGCCGGCCAAUCUUAUAGGACUAAGGUCACCGAACGGUUAGAUGCCGUCUCUCUUGAUUGGGUGGAUCAGGAUCAGGAAUGACCCCCCCCCC